CUAUAUUGAAAAUGGCCGCCUGAUCAUCGAAAGCGGCUUGCUGUCAAAAUAUAAAAAUAGUUUUUGAUAACGCGUAUGCUUUAUUUAUAAGUAAAUGUAUAGUUUUCAUGUAUUAUUUAAUUAAGUAAGCUGAAUGAAUUCACCUAGUGUCAUAUCACACACUUUAGGAAUAUAUCUGCAAAGGAAGUUUACAACUUUGCAAAUUGCUUCGUGUCGCGCAUACUGAAACAGUGGUCCGUCUUGUUUACCGUUCAAAAUGAACGAAGAAGGCGGUGAUGAUUCGCCGUCACGGCCAAAACGAAAAAUAAAAAAGGUGAUGAUACUCUCAUCUAGCUCAGAUUCUGACAGUGAGGAGAGCAUCGGCGUGACAAGGACACGUAGAAAAAAAUUAAGGGUCGUGAGUGAGAAUGAGUCUAGUGACAGUAGUGGUAGUUCAGUCGUAUGCGGCAGUCGCCGCAGACGCACCCUCCCGAAGCUCCGCGAUUCGGAGCCAGAGAGCGACACUUCAGGUUGGGCGAGUGACCGCUCAAAUUCGAAGCAAGUGGCAUCUACAUCGAAGGCACCUUCUGGGUUUGCCUCGGACAGUUCAGAAGGCAAUUCUGACAAGUGCUCAAUAUGUUUGCUGCGCUUUACAAAUCAAGAAAUCGGUACUCCCAUAAACUGUGAGCAUAUAUUCUGUUUGGAUUGUAUAACAGAAUGGUCAAAGAAUGUAAACACAUGCCCCGUAGAUAGGAUAACAUUUGAAUCAAUAGUGGUGAAAGCUUGUAUUGGUGGACGAGUGCUAAGAACUGAGCCUGUUAAAGUAAUAGAAAGACGACCAUCUGUUGACAUACUUGUAGUAGAAGAAACUAUUGUUUGUGAGAUAUGUAGCAGGGGUGACGAUGAAGAGUCAAUGUUAUUGUGUGAUGGCUGUGACCUUGGGUAUCACAUGCAAUGUCUCACUCCUCCACUCACAGAGGUGCCAGCUUCUCAGUGGUUGUGUCCAAGUUGUGAUGAUAUUUAUGAUGCCAUCAAUUUGUCAGAAGUGGAAGAUCUGUUCACUGAUAUUGCAGAUAUCAGUAGACCCAUGGGGCCUAGACCCACUCCCCUCCGAGCACCCAGAAAUGUUAGGAGAUCAGCCAGGACACAUAGUAAUCCUGACCAACCCUCCACAUCCAGCGGACAGAGAGGGAGCAGGCUCAGUAUUGAAGACAUUCCAACUUCAUCUAGAGGUUUCAGAACAACAAACAGGAGUAGCUCCACCACAACUAAAAGAAGGGCAACAAAAAGGAAAAGAACCACUCGGAGGAGAACAAGAAAGGUUUUGAUUGAGUAUGAGAUACAGGAGAAUGGAAAGUUUCCAAUAACACGGAGUGUCACACGAACUGUUAGGAGGAGAAAGACACGUAAAAGACAACCUCGAACAGCAGCAAGAAGGUCACAUGUUCGAGCCAGUGUGAGAGCUAUGCUCAAGACAAUGAAGAUUGACCAAGAAAUUGUACAGUCUGCUAACCCGAGAGGUGUUCAAGACUUGAGAGUCAGUAGACAAAGAGCAGGCAUUCCAACUCUCAGCAUAUAUGGAAAUACUAAUCAGUUGGAAUAUUUUUCUGAUGAUGAAGUUGAUGUAUCAGAGGGAGCAUCCACAGCAGUAGCAAUUAGACCUACCUCUAGCAUACUUAGUGCUUAUAGACAGGCAAGAAGGAAAAUGAUAAGCAUACCAUCCCCAACACAUGCCUCAUCAGCACCUGAUUUACUCUCAAACAUUUUAGAGAGCCAAACUCUCUUGCAUUCUAAAAAUUCUAUUGUUUCUGUUUCUGUUGAUGGAAAUGUGAACAUCAAAUUACAAAAAACGAAAAUUUUGCCAACAAAUAAAAGUCCGGAAGAAGCACAAAAAGAAAAAAAACUGGACUUGACAAAAACUGAAGAGGCUGUUAGAGAAGUUCCAUCUUAUCCGGGACAGUCCCGCGGCGGCGGCGGCUGGGGCGGAGGCUACCGCGGAACCUAUCAUCGCGACCAAAACACUAAUAACUUUAACAGAGGAAACUAUGACAACAAUUAUGGAAAUUCAUACCAGAACAGACAAGGGAAUAAUAAUAUGUAUAACAAUUAUCAAAAUAACAACAAUAUGCGGCGUGAUUCAGAACCAGAAUUCUUCGAUAACUAUAGACGACCCCAUCAAUUUUCACAUGCAGAUGAUUCAUACUUCGAUAGGACAAGACGAAAUGCACCUAAUGAUGCUAACAGACCACAAAAUUUUUCCAAUACUCCAAGGCUUAAUGACCAAAAUCAAGGGCGUUACAGUUUAGGUCCACCCUGGCAACCAUAUGCCAAUGCUCCACCAGCUUCCCGGCAGGAUAUGCCUCCUGCCGCUGCUAGACAUUCUUUUGGUGGGUUUGAAAAUCCUCUCGAUAUGAGAAUGGGACAGAUACCUCCAAGAACAUCAAAUAUUGAUUCUUUUUCAAGAGUAGAAACCCCACAGCAAGAAAAGCCUCAACCACAACUGUAUAACCCUCCUGUCGAAACCCAGCCAUUUCAACCCUUACCCCAACCACCAAUGUUCAAUUUUCCAAAAUCAGGAGAAUUGGAAAAGUCCGAAGAUGAGAAAAGUGAUUCUGGUCUCGUCAUUGAUACAGAAAAGUAUGAUCCCACUGAACCAACAAAUGACGAUGACAGCGGGGAUGAGCAGAAAGAUUUACCAGAACCUUCGACAGCUUCAGUUCCUCGGGUGGCCGAGAUCCCAGUCGCGGCACCAGCAGUCGCAGUGCCUCUACCCCCGGCUCCAGCGCCGCCGAGAACUGUACAAAGUAUUUUAGCUGGAAUUGACACCAGUAGUAUGAAUGUUCCUGCAAAUGUACUGGACAGUGCAGUGAGGCAAGUUUUAAAAGAACACAGGAAUUUAAUUGUUCCAGCAACAGAUACUCAUAAUGAUAAGAGCGAUGAGGAUUCGGAAGGCGACUGUCCGAAUUUCUCAAUUUACUCUGCAACAAGUGUACAUAUAGCUAAUAAUACAAGUAUUUUAAAUGAUGAUAUAGAGCCUGAACAACCGCAACAGGAUGGUUUGGAGGAUCUUGUUCAAGAGGAUGAUGAUGUACCUGACAUACCUUCUCCUGCUAAAUCAGAUAAUGCUUCUGAUCAGACUAUAAAAGCAGAAACACCUCUGAACAAUAAUAAAUCCUCAACACCCACAAGCUAUGAAUCAAAUAUUAUGAGUAAAACCGAAGAAGAAUAUAAAGAAAAAAUAUCUAAGCGUUGCCCUAUUACAACAAAUACUCGAAAUCCUAUAAAAAUUAAACUAAACACACAAUCUUUAAUUAAAAGGGUGUCUUUGUAUGAUGAAGAAGAUACUAAUCAGGAUGUAGCUGCUACAGAAAAAAGCGAUGUUACUGAAGAUAAAUUGGAAUCUGAUAAUCCGGCCAGUCCUAAGUUAAGUAAAGAACACGAAAAAUUAUUUGAAGAAGAAGAGUCAACGAACACAACGUGGAAACAAAAUAAGGAAGUUAAAGCGGAUGGCCAUAAUAUUGUAGAAAAAAAUGAGCAAAACACUCAAGUAAACAAUAAACUAGAAGAAGAAAUAAAAAAGUGUGAGGAAACUGCGAAUAACAAGGAGGAAGACAUGGAAGUCGUGAAUGAAGAAGACAAUGAAUUUCAGGAUGAUAAUAAAUCUGAUAAAUCUCACUCAGAGCAUGACAAUGAAAUGUCCGAUACUGAAAUCUGUUUAAACAUACAAUCGCCUAAAGACGAAAAAUCUAAUGAGAAAGUUGAAGAAAAUGUAGAAAAAAUGACUGAAUCCAUCAGUGAAACUGAAGAUGAAAGGAGUUACACGCCCUGCUUAGACGAAAACAAACCGAAAGAUGCGUCUUUUGAAAUCGAUAAAGAUAAGGGUCUAGAAGGACUCGACACAGAAAUGAUAUCAGAAGAAGAGGGAAACGAAAUGUUCUCUGAGAACGAGCGGCCGCCGUCCGUGCAGUCGCAGGCCUCGCCGCCCAGAGCCAAGCCUGCCGAACUACCGGAGCCUGACGUCGUCGAGAAAAAGAAGAGUGAUAAGAAAAAGAGUGACUCCAGAGAAGAAGUAAAGAAGAAGAAGAAGAAAGAAUCUAAGAAGGAGGCCAAAGAAAAAAGUAAAAGUAAAAAGAAGACUGACAUCACUUUCAAAAAACUAAGUAAAAGUGGUAAAGAGAGAAACUACAGAGAGAGAGACAGGGAAGACAAAAAGAAAAAAGAAAGACGAUCCUCGAGUGAGGCCCCGGAAGUUAAAAAGAAGAGAAAGGAAAAGAGAAAAGAUCUCGAACGCUACGACGUACGCACGCUGGUCACCGAGAAGAGGAGAAAAGUCAAGGAUCCGUUCGGGCGCGACGUCUCUCCGCCCUCCGCCGCCCGCGGCCGCCGCUCCGUCUCUCGCGGCCGCCGCUCCAUUUCGCGCGCUCGGCGCUCGAUAUCUCGCGCGCGGCGCUCCAUCUCGCGGGCGCGGCGCUCCAUCUCCCGCGCUCACGUCUCCCCGCGCAACCGGCGCACCCCCUCGCGGCCGCGCCGCUCCCCCGUCCGCAGGUCCAUAUCGCGGCUGACGCCGGGCGCGCUGCGCGACUCGCCCCGCGCGCGCCGCUCGCCCGCGCGCCGCCCGCGCCGCUCGCCCUCCCCGCGCUCGCCCCCGCGCUCGCUCACCCCGCGCCUCUCGCCGCACCGCUCCGCGCAGCGCAAGCGCCGGCGCCGCUCCGCGUCCCGCGCGCGCCGGCGCCGCUCCGCCUCGGCCAGCCCGCGCCUCCACAAGAAGAAGAAGCGGCCGCGGCCGGAGCGCUCGCCGUCGCCGCCGCGCCGUCGCGCCGACAAGUCCCCUCACCGGAAAAUCGGAAGAAGCGCGAGCAGGUCGCUCGAACUGUCCCCCGACCGCUCGAUGCCGUCGCCGUCGCUGGACUCGCAGCUGCUGUCGCCGCGCACGCCGCCGCCCGAGCCGCCCGCGGAGCCGCCGCUGCGCCUCGCGCUGGACGAGCCGGCGCGCCGCCGCCGCCGCGACGCUGACCGCCCGCGCCGCCGCCUGCGCGACGCGCCGGGGCCCUCCAAGGAAGUGUUCACCUCCGGCGACAACAUCCUCGUCAGCGUCAGCUUCAACCCGCGCCUCCACAAGAAGAAGAAGCGGCCGCGGCCGGAGCGCUCGCCGUCGCCGCCGCGCCGUCGCGCCGAUAAGUCCCCUCACAGGAAAAUCGGAAGAAGCGCGAGCAGGUCGCUCGAACUGUCCCCCGACCGCUCGAUGCCGUCGCCGUCGCUGGACUCGCAGCUGCUGUCGCCGCGCACGCCGCCGCCCGAGCCGCCCGCGGAGCCGCCGCUGCGCCUCGUGCUGGACGAGCCGGCGCGCCGCCGCCGCCGCGACGCCGACCGCCCGCGCCGCCGCCUGCGCGACGCGCCGGGGCCCUCCAAGGAGGUGUUCACCUCCGGCGACAACAUCCUCGUCAGCGUCAGCUUCAAGGACCAACAGCGCGGCGAAGAGGAGGAGCGCAGGAGGCGGCGGGAGAACAAACGGGACCGCCGGCGACGCCGCCGCAACCCGCCGCCGCCCGAAACCGAGACCGCCAAACCCGUUGCGAUCAUAGAUCUAGAUCGCUCGCCGUUUAGGGAACUGACGCCGUCCCCCAAGAACGUGAUAGUGCUGAGCGACAGCGAGCCUGGAGAGAAGGACGCCGCGGAGGCGCCGGCGCCGGCCGCGGCCCUCGCGCCGGCGCCCGCCGAGCCGUUCGCGCCCGCGGGGCCCAAGACGCCGCCGGAGCCCAGCGCGGAGCCCAGCGGGCCGCCCGCGGGCGCCACUGCGGCGGCCGCGGCGCCGGCGGCGGCGGGCUCGCCGGGCGCGGCCGGGCCCGAGCCGCACUCCCCUGACGCGUACGACCCGUUCGAGCCGACGCGCUCCGCGUCGGCGUCGCCCGCGUCGGCCGCGUCUCCCGCGUCGGCCGCGUCGGCGGCGUCGGGCGCGGGCGCUCCGCCCACACCGCCGCGCACGCUCAUGACGCUGGAGUCUGCGCAGCGCACCAACAUGUCUGCGGACGACGUGCUGGACCGCCGCCCCAUAUCCCCAGCUGAAAAGGUGCUAGCGUUGCUCCAGUCGACGCGCGACGUGUCGCCCGAGCCGCCGCCGGGCGAGGAGGGCGCGGGCGGGGGCACGGCGGCGGCGGGCGGGGCGCUGUCGAGCGCUACGGGAGCGCCGGCGGGCGGAGCGGGCGCGGGGGCGCCGGCGGGCGGCACGGGGAGCGCGGGCGCGGGCGCGGGCGGCGAGGAGAGCGCCGCGCCGCCGCCGCUGCCGCGCAUCGUACUGCCGUCGCCCACGCGCGCGCCGCCCAAGCUGUUCCCGGGCAAGCCGUCGCCCAUCAAGUCGAACCCGGUGAAGCCGAUGGCGCGGCCGCCGUCGGAGCCCGGCUCGCCCUACUCGCCCGGCUCCUCCGACUUCGGCGACCUGUUCGAGCCGCCCGCGCGACGCCGCCGCCCGCACGCCGCCCCCCCCGCCGCCGCGCACAACUACCACAAGAAGAAAGGUAAAACGCAAGUGGGCGUCAAGAUAGACGACGACAACCUGAAGAUCCUGGACGACCUGCCCAGCUCCGCGGUCGAGAUGCAGGUCAAGAGCAAGUUCCUGAAGAAGCUGAACCGCCAGGAGCGCGUCGUGGAGGAGGUGAAGCUGGUGCUGAAGCCGCACUACAACAAGAAGCACGUCACCAAGGAAGAGUACAAGCACAUCCUGCGCCGCGCCGUGCCCAAGAUAUGCCACAACAAGACGGGCGAGAUCAACCCGACCAAGAUCCAGUCGCUGGUGGAGGCGUACGUGAAGAAGUUCCGCAAGAGACGCAAGCUGGGCCUCGCCUAGCCGCUCGCCCGCGCUGCUACGGACUAUGUAUUUUAAUUACGCAACGUUUUAUUUAAAUAAAUAAUAUAGUUUAAAUCGUGAAUGAAUUUGUUAUUUAUCGAAUCUUAUCUGUUGUCGCAGAGAUAUAUUUUAAACCUUAUUUAUUAGUUACGAAUGUGCCCGCCCCGGCGCGUGCGCUGAAUAUGUUUUUAAACGACGAUAAUAACAGGGAAGCAAUAGAAGUUUUGUAAUAUUUUGUUAUGAAGUAUGAUAGUGACUACAGAUUUGUCGAGUUUGUGCUGACGUGGCGCUGCCGGAGCCCGGGGCUCGUAGCGGGUCAAUGUGUAUAAUAAUAUCCAUCUAUAUUCGCAAUAAUUAACUUUGUACAAAAAUUCAUUCACUGCCACAAGAGAUCACUUAAAUAGAAAUAUAAAAUAUAGUUCAAUUAUUUAGUUACGAGAUAUCGGUUAAUAUUAUGUUUAAGUUAAUUAAGGGGUAGUGAAACAGCUAAUAAAAUGUUAAUAUUCU